AUGUUUUACUGGAUGAAGAGGAGCAGCGGGGGCCCCGAGGCCCUCGGCGGCCUCGACAACAUGUCUAAAGCCGAGAUACUGAGAGGAAUCGUCACCGAGAAACUGACGACGGCCGCGCAGGAGAUCUUAGCGGUCGUGGAGAGAACCGUAGCCGGGUAUGAGGAGGAGGCUUCGGGCUUCAGGCAGGAGAUCGCCCGGCAGAGGAGACAGCUGGAGGUUCUCCUGCAGCCGCGGGUCAAACUGGAGAGAAGAGCCCUGAUCCCAGAUCUGGACAGCCAUGAUGUGGUUGUAGUAAGUGAGGGGGAAGAGGAGGAGGAGCAGCAGCACAGACAGCAGCCAGAUGUGGAGGACACCGGGAGUCUGGGCCUCCUGUGGUUCGAUGAUGAUGAUGAAGGUGAAGACGAAGAGGAGCGGCCAUCCAUGCAAACGGCAACAAGCUGCAGACAGAAACGAGAAGAUCUGCAGGACCCGGAUUUUCAAAUACCAUCAAGGUCGUUUUCCCCCAGAGUUCGGUCUGACAGGAGGAAGCCCGGCAGACCUCGGAUCAGCGACAUGCAGACCCAUCUGGAUCUCAGGAUCUGCAUCCUGGAGGACUUGCAGAACGAUGUGCUCUCGAAAAGUGUGUUUCAGAAGUGUCCGGUGCAGGAGCUGCAGUGUCCUCGUGGACUACAGGAGGCCGACUUCCUGGACCUGCUCAGGUCCACCUUCCCUCAGCUGGCGGGCGAUAAACCCUUUGACUUCUUCACUUCCGACAGAACCAGGAGACUCCAGCCUCUGAAGGUCACGACCCUGACCCCAGAGGAGAUCUACAGGACCAUCAGGUCCACGGGGGCUGGAAACUCAGCCCUCUACAUCCGACUGAAGACAGGACAGGACCCUCACCCCAGCAGUGAAGCCCAUCCUCUGCAGAGACCGGACGAAGCCGGCGGAGACUCUCCGUCCAGCUCGGCCUCGAUGACGCCCGAUCAAACCGACACGUACACGAGCUUGUUGUCUCCGAAGGAUCGGUCUGAGAGGAGGAGGCGUGGCCGACCCCGGCUCGGUGAAGAACCCACCCACCACUACCUCCGGAUCUGCAUGCUGGAGGAUUCCCAGUCAGACGUGGUCUCAAAAAACGUGUUUACGAAAUCCUCGGUCCAGGACCUGAGGUGUCCUCGUGGUCUGCAGGAGGCGGACUUCCUGGACAUGCUCAGGUCCACCUUCCCUCAGCUGGCUGGAGACAACAAACCCUUCGACGUGUUCAAGUCGGACCGGAGCCGGAGACUCCAGAGGCUCAGACUGAAGUCUCUGACUCCAGAGGAGAUCUACAGGACCACCAAGUCCACCGGGGUCUCGAAGACCCUGCUCUACAUCAGACUGAAGACAGGAGAGAAGGAGGAGGAGGAGGAGGAGCUCAACCUUUUACCAAGAAACAAUGACGAAGCCGACGAUUCUCCGUCCUCUGUCGCCAUGGUGAUAAAAAGUGACGAUGCCGGACUCGGUUCAAGCGGCUCAGUUCAACAUGAUGGUACCAGAGUGGACGUUCGGCCCAGCAGCUCGACGUCACAACAACAACAACAACAUAACGUGGAAACUGAUGAUGAAGAUGCUGCUGAGAGCGACGUGGCGUCCGGAGACGACGACUGGAAACCAGAUCCUGACCUGCAGUCGCCAAAGACGACGACGACGCCGCCUUUCAGGAGGCGAGGGCGUCGAGCUCCUGUUGUGGAGAGGAGUAAAACGCCCUGUAAAGUCUGUGGAGUUUGGUACAGGAUGCAGGGCAGCUUGAUCAAACACGCCUGGAGCCACGUGGACGAGGCGCAGUGCGUCUGCAGCGUGUGCGGCGAGCGUUUCGAAUCUGUGGAAGAGUUAAAGAGACACCUUAGAAAGUACCAAAAAACUCACGACUGUUCGUACUGUGGAAAAUCUUUCUCCACCGUCGCCGGCCUCAACUGCCACACCACUCUGCACACGGGAGACCGGCCGUUCAAAUGCGACGUCUGCAACAAAACCUUCGCUCACAUGUCCAGCCUGAGCGUCCACCGCUGGGUCCACGUGGCGGACAAACCUCACAAGUGCGAUAUUUGCCCCAAAGCGUUCGGUCUGAAGGCGCAGCUCAAAGCUCACAGCAAGGUGCACACAGGCAGAGACAGGUACCACUGCAACAUCUGCGGGAAGUCCGUCUAUGACCUGCGAUCGUUAACCCGCCACAAGGCCACGCACUCGGGCGAGAGGCGGUACGGCUGCGAGGUUUGCGGGAAGCGUUUCAAAAUCCUCGGCACGUUGAAGUCGCACGAGAAGAUCCACACGGUGAGAGACAGGCCGUACCUCUGCCACAUCUGCUGCAAGACCUUCCUCUCAAACUGCGGCCUGACGGCUCACAUGAAGACGCACAGCAACGAGAGGCCGUUCAUCUGCAUCAUCUGCAGCAAGGGCUUCAUAUCCAACGGCGAGCUGAAGGCCCACAUGCGGGUCCACACGGGCGAGGCGCCGUACGGCUGCUCCGAGUGCGGCCGCUUCUUCAAACGCAAGACUCACCUGAACAACCACGUCAGGAGCCACUUAGGCAUCAAGCUGUUCGUGUGCGGGGUUUGCGGGAAGGCGUGUUCUCGCCAAGAACACCUGACCGUCCACAUGAGGACUCACAACGGAGAGCGACCGUACAAGUGUUCCCUCUGCGACAAGGCCUUUACUCAGAGCCACUGUCUGAAGACGCACAUGAAGAGCCACCAGGCAGAAGAAAACCCGUUUCUGGAUCCGUCCACGUCCUAAAAGACGCUUCAUAUCAGCCGCGUCCCAACUCAGGGGACGCAUCCUUUGGAGGACGCGGUCUACGAAGUUCAGCCGUCGUAGACCGCGAAGGCCGAACCAAAUGAGACGGUCUGGUCUGCGCAGGAUUUUCACCUUCACCGUUGCGUCACAAAGUACAGCUCCUGUCACCUAGCAACCUUGACAACACGUAAUUUCUUUCACAAAAACUUUUUUUGUUUUAAAGUCUCUUGGUUUUAACAGUUGUGAUGUUGAACGGAGCUGAAACACAAUUCUUACAUUAGACGGUGUAAUUCUCAGACUCUGUCGGCGCGCAGUGAAUCUUGGGAUACGUCGGUGUAGUCGCGCCGCUGUGAUGCAGUCGGUCUUGAGAUACAGCCUCCGAAGGAUGAAGCCCCUGAAUCGGGACACAAAGCUGAACCCUGUCGGUCAAAGUGCUGAACACUGACACCAGACUCUUCUUUCAUUACUCUUCAUGUAGACAAAGUUCUUGCGUACGGCUUCUCGUGUUUCAACAUUUCACUUUUGUUAAAGGUGCUGUAUCUAAGUUUUCUUUCUGGAAGCAGGUGUUAUUAAAGGUGAUAACAGGAGCUUCAGCCAUCGUUGCGUUUACAAGUCAGGAAGUUACAAUACGUCCUCUGAGCAGCUGCUUCUCCGUCCUCUAAUGCUGAACUGACUGGACGCUACAGUGACUCAGAAAGUGGAAUUACAAGACGGGGCUAGCUAAGACGUUUAAUGCUGAACUCACAUCGUCUCUUCCACACUGGUAAGUAGCUGUUAAUGCUAAUGCUAGCUCUGUAGCAAUAUCUAAAA